UGAUAUUUCUGUCGAAUAACAGAAAUGUCAGUGCCGACUUCACACACAAUGACAGCUGCAAUCGACGCGGCGAACGAAGAAGAGAAGGAAACUCCAGAGGAAGAAGAACAGGCGCAGAAGAAGAAAUCCCCGCCAGCUAAAAAGAAAGUAGCAAAUAGUAACGCUAAAACACCAGUGAAGAGACAGUCAUCAAGAAAACUACAGCAAGAAGAGAAAGAGAAAGAACAGAACAACAAACCCGAGGAAGCUGAGACCGUAGAAAAUGACGAUAAAGACAGUGAAAAGGAUAAAGAAAGUACAGAUAAAGAGAAAGAAAAAGAAGUAGUAGAUGAUAAACCUCCAGAGAACAAUAUAGAGCCUGAAACAAAAGAACCAGAAGAAGACAAACAGAUGGAAGUCGAUCAGGCUGAGAAAGAGGAAAGUCCGAAUGAAAAGGAGGCUGAAAAGAGCCCAGAGAGUGACGAUUCUAAAGCGGAAAAGACAGAGGAGAAAGAAAAAGAAUCCGGCGAGCCUAGAGCGAAAAGGACGAGAGAGAGUAAGAAGACUGAGCCGCCGCCGCGGUCACCGGCCAAACGGAAGGCAAAAUGUUAACGCGUUAAGCACACGUAAUGGAUUUUAUUUUUGUACUAAUGGCCACCUCGUGGCUACAGGCCGGUGGCGACCGUUCACUGUCAAAUUGUUAAACGAUUUUAUGGAUUUUAUUCUCGGAAAUUUUUGUGAUGAACAAUGUCUGUUCAGCCACUUUUGUUAUUUAAUUAAUAGGCUAUAUUCCUGUCCUUUUGUAUGUUAUACGCAAUUCUGGCAUGACAAACAAUAAUAAACGAAAACGGCAUUUUGGUUGAAAAUUGAAACAGAGAUUUAUAGUUUCAAUUGUAUGGUGCAAAGCUCAGUGGGAACAUCUGUCUAUGUCCUUCGCAUGCCCGUACCACAAUGCCAGUGACGUCACUCUGUGCCUUAGUAAACUAUUGCGCUGUAAUUAGACAACCAAGCCUAUUCACUAGGUUUGAGAGACCUUGCUUUUUUAUUGACCGAAUGUACAUUUAUUUUGGUUUGUAUUUUUCAUGACGUAAGUUAAUAACUUUAAUAACAAAAAAUAUUAAAUUAACCAUAUUCUGAAUGAAUAGGUCCUUCUUAACAAUAGGUGAUUUCAAAUUGACCAUAUCACUGAAAAACUUAAUCAAAUAUUAAAAACAGUGUAUUUAGUAAUUAAGUGUGAUUUUAAAAAGACUUUCAAUGAAGUGUCGAUUUACAAUUAAAUAUAUUCAAAUAUAUCAUACUUGAUACUGAGUUAUAUAGAGUCUAUAUUAUAGACAAUAAGCUUUAUAUAUAACCGUACACGAUUUAUCCAUUUUAAGUUCCAUUAUCGCAGUUAAUCGUGCAAGUCCACUGAAUGAGAUUUCUAUUAUUAAAGAGCCACUGUUGGCUGUAUUGGAACUCUUAUGAUCGAAAUUCGAUCAAUUUAUCACGUGCAUUAAUGGCAACCGGAACACAUGAUUAUUAUUUUUGUACAUUUAGAGUACAUUAGCAAUUUAUUCAUAUAAAUGUUAUUAUACUACAUUUACAAGGCAUAUACAAUUAGCUUUCUUGAUUUCAGACUAAUUACGCUGACAAUUAUUAAUGAAGCGAUUGAGUAACAAAAAAUAAUAAACUUAUCUUGAGAUUACGCGAGACGUCUUUUAAUCAAAUGUUUUCGUUAGUAUAUCAUACAUAGCCUUCAACUAAUUUAAAUCUUUAUCACUUUGUCAUAAAGGUGCUAUGUAAGUGAAGGUUGUAUCUAUGUGGAUAUAAAUAUUACGUUUAGAAACAUUAGUACUGCCAUGCAUCUUAAAAUUUGAUCAGAAAUACUUCACAAUGUUUAAAUAUGAUUUAUGUUGCAAAUCAGUGGCUAUAUAAAAUCAUAAAUAUAGUUUGCCUUUUUCGUUUUAAAAUGUAAAUAACAAAAGUGUGCUGAAACUCCGCCAUUUCGUGGCGUUAAAAUGGCGUGUCGGUCAUUUUGUUUUCGUUUGACGUAGAUAUUAUAUUAUGUAGAGUAAGUUAUGUUCAAGGCAUUUUUUUAUUUCUAAAUCGUAUCGAUGUAACGAUGGCAUAGUUAUAUUUUUACCCUUUUUUUAGAUUUUAUAUUUAUUUAAACAGUCUCUAAAGGUUUGACGAUGCAUGAUCAAAUAAAUUCACAUUCCUUAAAUGUAAUGCCUCACUUACUAUAAUUUAAGAUGUAUUUUUUUUACUGGGAGAACAAAUAAACAAUUUCAUUACAGCAUAACCAUUGUUCGAUGGUUGUUGCCGUGUCAUUUCUACAUCGAAAGAAUUUUCAUUUUAAAAUUUUUCGUGCCAAAAUUUCAGUAUUGUUAUUUUCAAGUAAGAAAAAACUUACUAAAAAUAAAAUUACCAACAUGUAUGGUUGCUUAUUACUGGUCCCUUUGUCAUCACUCGUGACCAAUGUGCAUUGUUGCAUAUAAAAUGGAAAUUGCAAUAAUCUACAUAGCUUCACAAAUAAAAUACAAUGAACAGUAAGCGAGGUGUUACUUUUAUUAUAACGAAAAGAGCUGUGUUAACAAUUAAACUCAGCUUAACAGUUUUUGUUAAUGUUUUUCUUUACACAAAUAUGGUAAUUCAAAGUACACGUUAUCAUAUAAGCCUUAAAUCUUUAUUGAUUAGGUUAAUGUAAUAGUUAAAAACAUUGUAAAUAAUUACAAUAAACUUCUCAUAUUGGCGUA